AUGUGCAUCGCCAUACUCACAACGGCGCAUCCAGACUAUCCCUUCAUACUACUGAACAAUCGAGAUGAAUAUCUCCAUCGCCCAACGGCAGAAGCAACAUGGUGGCCUUCACCAGACACGCAGGUCCUAGGUGGCUAUGAUCUUCAUCGCCCUGUACACGGCACCUGGAUGGGUGUCACUCGUCAAGGCCGCAUUGCGGUGCUCACCAACUACCGCGAGGAGGAUGAAAAGAUUGUCGAGGGUGCACGCAGCAGAGGCCUGAUCCCAAAUGCAUGGUUAAAAAGCGACCCCGCCAAGGGAGAAACUGCCGAUGAAUUCGCAAAGCGAAUGAUUGAACAGGACGGUGUCGAAGGCGUGGGCGGCUUCUCGCUAUGUUACGGCUUCAUGCAAGACGUCGUCAAAAAAGGAAAGGGGCUGGCCAUUGUUAGCAACCGCACUCCAGAUGUUCACGGCCUAGUUCGUUUGCUCCAAACCCCCGACGAAACCCAUGCCUUGAGCAACGCUGCAUACAGCGAUCGUUCAUGGCCCAAGGUCAUUCACGGCGAGGAAUGGACCAAGAAAGCAAUUGCCGAGUCGAUCGCUGCAAACGAGUCUCGCGAUCAAUUCAUCCAGCGCCUCCUGGCCCUUCUCAGAACAGAUACCAUGCCCCGCCAGAAGGAAAAUGAAGAGUGGGACAUGUAUCUGAAUCAGUUGCGUCACAGCAUCUUCAUCCCAGCUAUUGGAAGGGACCACCUAGAAGAGCACAAGAUGCCUGCGCAUGAGAUUGGUGAUGUAGUCAAGAACAAGGCGGCGGAUGCAGCGAGUGGCUGUUAUGGCACACAGAAGAAUAUCAUAGUGCUGUGUGAUCACAAAGGCAAAGUGACAUAUCUAGAACGGACAUUGUACGACGUUGAUGCCAAACCAAUCGAAGACGGUAAGGGAGACCGUGUAUUUGAAUUCCAGAUCGAGGGAUGGUAG